AUGGCAGAGUAUAUGUGGCCUGUGGAUGAAUUCAAGCAUAGCAAAAUAUUUGAUUUUAAACAUAAAUCCACAUCUAGGUAUAGCAAAUACAGCCCACCACAUGAAAAUGUGGCUAUGGAAAGAAUACAUGUACCUCAAAAAAUCAAGACCAUCUACCACACGAAAAUAAUUAAAGUUCCGGAACACCAUCACUAUUUCCACGAGAAGGAGAAAAUUGUUCCUGAGCACCACCACUACAUCCACGAGAAGGAAAAACUCGUGAAAUUCGACGAUCACCAAAACGACGGUAUAGACUACUACAACAACAAAAACGACUACCAAAACGAAUUCCAACCCAGCGAGUUUCAUCCGCAGGAAUAUCAUCGCAAAGAACCCGACAAUUACGAAGAAAAUGACUACACCAGGCAGAAUCCGAAAAACUACCAGCUGGAUUACCAAACUAAAGAACAAAACUACGAACAAAACGAGUACUCAAGGCACAAACAAAGACAUGAUCCAAAAAGUAGUCAUGGAUACGAGAUAGAAGAGUCCAAAAGUGAAGAUGACGAAGACCCUUACUAUCCACCUCACCCCCUACACAGGGACCACAGUUAUCCGAGUGCUUCAGAACCAAAACCCAAAAGAGUGGCACACAGAAAACGACCACCACAAAGGAAUGUCAGCAAAAAACAUUACAAGAGAAAAUUUCACUAAAAUUAUCUGCACCAAAUUAUUCUAUUUGUGAUAAAAAGUAAAAAAAAAUAUGGCACCUUAAGCACAACUAUAUAGGAAGAAAAUAUGAUAUGAUACUCAAAAAUGAAUUCGUCAAAAAUGGUAUGGUACAAGUGAAAUUCAUUUUUAGAGAGUAGGGCAAAUCUGGGUUUUACAUACGAGGCGUGUUCAGAAAAUAUCGGGAAUUUUCGUUUUUUGAAACAAAUAUUUAUUUAUUCGUCUACAUUAAUGUUGUCGCCUUCAA